AUGUCUUCACAAUUCUCGCCACCCACCACUUUAGUGGUCGCCCAGAAGCCUGUCUUCAAACGGCAAAAGACACGCAAAGGCACCUUCAGUUGCUGGGAGUGUAAGAAUCGCAAAAUUCGUUGUGAGUUCAAACCAAACUCCGGCUCGGAAUGUAACUCAUGCCAGCGCCGUGGGUUGCGUUGCAUCAGCCAAGACUUUAUAGAAAUCGACAGUAACAGCUGUGAGAACAUUGGGAGACGCAUUGAAUAUGUUGAAGAUUUAGUCGGCCAGUUGAUUCGGGAAAGGAGUAAUUGGAAUCCCCCAGAUGGUUACACUUAUUCGCCAUCUAUUUCGUCACCCGGUCAGCAACUACUCAAUCAAAGCUGCUCUCUGAGUAAUCACCUCGAGUCCCUUCUCCCAAGUCGAGCUAUUAUUAUAAAUCUUAUACAGCUGUGCAAAUUCUUCCAAUUGCCAUUCCAUACUUUUCGUCAGCCAUAUGAGAAGCUAAAAUCAUCCCAAAUAACCAAGGAGCAACUUGAUCAGGCGGUUCAACCACCUCCAUCAACAGCGCCGCCCGUCAUUUUUGCACAAAGGCUCAUCAAUUUCGCGCUCUGCUUGCAGCAUCUGGACAAGAUUUCGAUUCAAAAAAUGCAAACUUUCCUGAAUGCUUCUACUACAGAUGCUGCUCAACGCUGUGUUGAAAUUGCCUCUCGUUACGUUACAUCCCAUGAUACGCUCAUGGAAUCUCUCGAAGGGCUAGAAACUUAUAUGCUUGAAGCUGGGUACCAUAUAAGCACAGGUAACCCUCGGGCUGCAUGGCUUUUGAUGCGUCGCGCUCUGGGUGUCGCACGGCGUAUGAAUCUUCCUUUUAUGGCAAAGGGAGAAUACAGGGCUGAGUAUAUGUGGUUUCGACUCCAUGCUAGUGAUCGACUUAUCUCCCUUAUGGUUGCACUGCCGUGCAAUAGCUGUGAUGACUCCUUCGCUAAAGAGAAGAUUCUGUCUGAGAAGUUACCGUGUGAACGGUUGGAAAGAAUCCAUACCGCUAUCAUUGGUCGCAUCAUUGAUAGAAAUAUCAACAUGCAACGCCAGAGCUCUAGAGGCUUCGCUUACUAUCAUGGUUAUGAUGAUUAUGCUGUGACUCAAGCUAUUGAUUCUGAAAUGAAGCAGGCAGCAAAGUCCGUACCGCUAGAAUGGUGGGUGAUACCGACUCUUGACAACCGGACUGCAGAUGUGGACAUCAUGGAAAGGACUGCAAUCCUCCAUACACAAACACAUCAGCAUUACAUUUUGGUACUUUUACAUCAACCAUAUCUUUUCAGAACAUCCGAUACCCAAUCAACCAUCAGUUCGAUUUCCAGCGAUACAUCGGGUUUGAUUGAUCAUGCAUACAGCAAAUCAGCUGCCUUGUCAGCAAGUCGCGAACUACUUUGUCGCUUUUUAAUCCUUCGGAGUUUUCACCACGUGCCAUCUUAUCGCGGCGUUGACCAUAAGGCUUUCACUGCUGCAGUAACUCUGAUUCUGGCGCACCUCGAUGGACAUCGCCUUUCAAGUGUGAAUGUCUUACAGCAUCAACGACCACACGAUUUAGGCUUAAUUUACAGUAUCAUCAAUCGAUUCAGUGAAGAUACCUCUAGUCAGAAAUUCGCACAUACACUGCGCGAGCUUCUCGGCAUCGAAGCAGACGCGUCUAGUGGUGCCUGUUAUUAUUUCACGUGGAGUGAAAAUGGACAUGGCACAGAGCAGAACGAUGACUUGAAACUUGAGAUUCCUUAUUUUGGUACACUCUCAAUUAUAAAAUCCGGCACCGACAUGGAAAAUAUGCAAUCAUACUCCCCUAAGAAACAACGCGGGAAUCUCCAGAAUAAUACUGUCCAGCAUAAUCUGCAUUUAGAUGCAUCAACAUCCGAGAACCCCCUUUCUUUGGACCCGUCUAUCCAAUUCUCGGAUUACAUACUGCCUAAUCUUAAUUUUCAAAACACGCUGCCUUCUCUACCCGCUUUAGACGACUUCAGAAAUACAACGAAACUAGACACAAAUCCCGUGCAGAGUUUCGUUGACCCUUCAGAAAGUUCCGUCCCAGGACUUGAUUCGACCUUAUUUAGUGCUUUGGUACAUGAUGGGGAAAUCAAUUAA